AUGGUUGCCACCCCGGACUCUGAGCGCGUGCCCGCCUGGAAGAAGCUGGGCCUCAAGCUAAAGUACGCAAACGACGAAAGUCCAGCUGCAGCGUCCGCCUCCGCUUCCAAAAAGAGAGCUCGUGACGAGGACGCCGCGCUCGGAAGCGACCCAACUGGCCGGUCAAGCGGGACGCCGUCAAAGAAGUCCAAGAAGAGGAGGUCCGAGCCAGCUGAGGAAUCCACUCCACCUGCCGACGAGCCCUCGAAAAAGGAAAGGAAAGAAAAGAAGCGCGAAAAGAAAUCCAAAAAGGCCAAGGCUUCCCUGCCCGACAGGACCGCACCAGACUCAGCUGCAUCGGACGGCGAAGAAAGAGCCCCUAAGUUUGCCACCCCGGUCAAGGCGCUGCAGCGCAAGAAGUCCGUGAGCUUCACUCCUGACACCAAGAAGUCUGACGGCGACAGCGGCCAACAGAUGUUCAAGGCCUGGGUCAAGUCUCAAGACGCAUCUUCGACUGAAGACGGCAUCGUCCCGAGCACCGAGUCAGCGGUCGAAGAGGACGACGCCCCUGCCGCCACCGCCGGCGAAUCGAAGCCUGAGCCUUCCAAGAAGGACCUGAAGAAGGCGAAGAAGGAGCAGCGCAACGCCGCAAGGGCGGCAGAGGCCACGCAACAAGAAGAGCAUCUCCCACCCUACGUCACCUAUCUACAACAAUACCACUCGGACCGCUCAAGCUGGAAGUUCAACAAGAAGCACCAAGUCGAGCUUCUCAAAAACAUUUUCAACCUUUUCCGCGUUCCGACAUCCUACGACCAAGCCGUCCAUGCCUAUAUUGCCGGCCUCAAUGGCGCCGCAGCCCGCUAUCGCCUCAAGGAACAGGCCGACGCUGUUUUAAAGGAAGCCUCUGACACUCCGAAGGACGAGCCUGCCAACCGCAAGGCUGCCAAAAAGGGGAGCCGCGAGCGUGAUGAAGCCCAGCAGCUGCCGGCCAAGCGUCGCCGUGCGGAGGAGGUGCUCAAGGCUCUUGGACACGUAGACGAGCCACCUGCGAAGCCCAGCAAAACCAUGCAGCCACAGAAGGAGGUCGAGGCCCCCGAGGACGGCAACAAGAAGCGAUCCCGCCCUCGCAAGUCGCGCACGAUGGACGUCGACAGCAGCAGCAGCAGCGAGGAAGACAGCUCCAGUGACGAGAGUUCGGUCGUCUCCAGCAGCUCGGAAGAGUCCAGCUCCGACUCUGAUUCCGAUUCCGAUUCCGAUUCCGACUCUGUUUCUGAUGAUUCAAGCAGUGCGAGCGACAGCGAUGAUUUGGACUCGGAACGGGAGACCAAGGCUAGCGAGAAAGGCAAGAAGGAUGACAGCAGUAGUGAAUCUAGCGACAGCGACUAG